AUGAACGAGGGCCACAACCUCCUUCUCGUGCCUCUGCUCCCCCGACUGGCCACGGCCUCAAUCCUCUACCUGGUCCACUUCGUCAUGAGCAGCGGCGAAGGACCCUGCCACCUUGGAGCAGGCCGUGGCACUGGAACUGUACAUCGGAGCGGCUACGAGGGUUCACCCUUCACCGUGACCCAGGAGGAGGCGGAGGCGGAGGCGUUCACCGUCAAGGCCAGGGCGGAGUACGAGGCGGAGGAGGACCGUGAGGAGGAGGAGGCGGCCUUCACCGUCAAGGCCAAGACAGAGGAGGAGGCGGCCUUCACCGUCCAGGCCAAGGCGGAGGAGGAGGUGGAGGACUCGGACGAUGACUGCGACUCGGACGAAGAAGCGGGCUUGGACCACGAUGAGUUCAUGGCCAGGCUGAUCGCAGACUACAACGCCGAAUCCGAGAAGAUCAAGGCUGACAAUCCAUGGUUGACGUACACGGACUAUUCCACUGAGGAAUACGCCUACAUGCGCCGCAACCCGGAGGAGGUGGAGGAGGAGUCCGACGACGACUCGGACGAGAAGCUCAGGAUUUAUGCCGACAUGUUCCGACAGCUGGGAGGGGAGGGUUCCCAUGUUGUUGAUGGGCUUGUUCUGUGCAGGGCUCUUCUUCGUUUUGUACAUUUCGCUAGCGUCCAGAUUGCACCGAUUCGGAUACGCGUAUCAGCAUCGGGGCAUAAAUACGUCAUUUCUGAAAAGCUUUCCAAAAAGCGCCAAUACAGGGAUACAUUUGACUACUUUUAA